AGCCGCAGAUGAGCCAGGCUUGCAGGGAAGGACUCGCCGGCCCGCCCUCUCUUCCCGCACUUCGGCGCCCGACCCCGGGAGGGUGGCGGAGAGGAGCGGACGCUUCCGUUCGGUGUCCGCGCAUCCUCCCCGAGCUGGCGAGCGGCCGCUGGGUCGAUGCUGGGUUGGGUGACCCCCGAGUGGAGCGAUGCGAAGGUGCUUCCUGUUUCCCUCACCACCUUCGGCGUUUUGAAGAGGCCCUGCUAAGGCUUGGAGUCUGGAUCGGACGCCAGUGGGAGCUGCAGGGUGGGACGCUUGAGGGCUUGACCCUGCCUAGAUCCUCCUUCCCAAGAAAGGGCUGAAAAGAGAGGGCAUCUGGCAUGCUUUUUGCCACUUCUGUUUCUAGGUUUUGUACUUCAUGGAAUAUCUGGGCAUUGCUUAGAAACCUGUGUCAUAAAUUGGCUUUGGGCAAGAGGCUUUGAGUUGGAAGAUAAAGGUGGAAAGAAAGUGCUUGGGGGCGGAGUUCGGGGAUUUGACGGGAUUGCCAGCGCUUCCAGGCCGUGUCAUCCAAGACCAGUGUGGUUGUGGGCACAUUAGCUUGGAGACAGUGGCAGCCUCUUGGGACUAACAUCUUUCUGGAUGUUGUUUGCUGCCAGUUCUUGAGUAUUGUUUCUUGUUUGGCGCAGAGGAUAAUUCUCUCAACAAACGUUUUCGACUGUUUAUUGAGUCCCUUAAAAAAUUGUCCAUUUAAUAAACAUUUGUGAUCUGUGAUUUGCAUUGAACGAGAUGCUGGAAGUAUGAGGAUAAAUAGGAAAUGAUCACCUUUCUCAAGGAGCUCUCCUGCAGUUUUCACUUCAAUAACUUGGACACGCCUGGAAGGGUUGUCCCACACGAAAAGAGAGAAAAGGAUAAUGAGGUUCUUUUGAUGCUGUAGUUUUUCCUGGGAAGACUAGGAAGGACUCUGAAUUUCAAAAUGGGUGAUUUCUCGCAUGAGCAUCUCUUCCAUCCUCCCUCCCUCCGCAAGCUACAGUGAUGCAUGUACCAGACACGGCACCUACAGAGUACAUGGUCCAAGACAAUAAAGCUCAACAAAACCCAAGCAAAGAUGGAGCUUAUGGCCCUUACCCUUUGGAAAUAUCCCCAGAUUGGUUUAGAUUGAACCUGAAUUUGAAUAAAGAGAAGCAAAAUGUAGGGGGAAGAAGGAUUAUAAAAUAUUGGGACUGAUAUUGGAAUCAGUGAUUUGAAGUUGAUUUCCAAGCUAUUCUGUUCAGUCAGAGGCUUUCUUAGCCUUUAACGGGAGAAGAGAAAUACGGUCAUGCGCUGUAUAACAAGGUUUCCAUCAACACCGCUCUCACGUACAAUCCCCUGAGACUACAGUGGGGCUGAGAAAUUCCUAUCACCUGGUGACAUCUUCAUGAUCCUGACCCUGUGUAGGCUUAGGCUAAUGUGUGUGUUUGUGUCUUAGGUUUUAAGAAAGCUUAAAAAGUAAAAAAAAAAAAAAAAAAAAAAAAAAAUUUAAAAAUAGAAAACCUCAUAGAAUUAGAAUAUAAAGAAAAAUACUUUUUGUUGAUGGAAUGGUUUGCUGGAAAAUAAAAAUACAAAAAUAUUUAAGGAAAAAUAUUGUACAGAUGUACAAUGUGUGUUAAGCUAAGUGUUAUUACAAAAGAGUCAAAAGUUUAAAAAAUUAAGUUUAUAAAGUAAAACAAUUACAAUAAGCUAGGGUUAAUUUAUUAUUGAAGAAAGAAAAAUUUUUGAUAAAUUCGGCGUAGCCUUAGUGUGCAGUGUUUAUAAAGUCUACAGAAGUGUUCAGUCAUGUCCUAGGCCUUCACAUUCUCUCACCACUCACUCACUCACUCACUCACCCAGAGCAACUUCCAGUCCUGCAAGCUCCAUUCAUGCUAGAACAGUGGAGCAGUUCCUGGCAUUUAAUAGGGUCUCAGGAAGGAAUGCUCAUAAAAUAGCAUCACUACAGGAGCCCUUUUGCUGCAAGGUGUGGGUGCUCUGAAGAACACUGCAGCCCGCCACCUCAUGUGCCUCCUAGGAGACUGUGCUGUUGGUGCCCCCAAAGAGAAGUCUGUAUGUGUACUUGUUGCUGUAUGUAUUUGUUGCCUCAACGUUUCUGUUUCCUGGCCCUCUCUAUCUUUCCUGUACAAGUGACUGAUACUCCUUUCUCAUUUUUUUCUGAACAUGGUUCUAUGAUUGCACUUAUAUCUUAGUUGUCUGCCACCUCCUGAUAGAUUUUAAUCUCAUAUCUUUGAAUUACCAUGCAUCAAGCACAUAGAAACACUUAAGUAAUUAAUGUGUGUUGAAUGAAAAAAUGAAUUAAGUGCCUAUAAAAUACUUUCCAUAUAACAUGGUUGUGGGGAGAAGGGUGGUGUUGAUGAAGGAAGUUAUAAAAUCAAGCAGCAUAGAUUUCCUUAACACUGGACUCUAGUGGGGAUAUAAAGCCUUCCUUGCUCAGGAGAAGGAUCAAUGCUUGGGCCAGGUGGUUAGGAAAUCCUUCCUGAAAGAGAACGUGAAUGGCGACUUUAUGGGUGGGUGGAUUCUAAGUUGGUGGGAGGAAGUGGGCAGUCAGGAUCUAAAGACUGGGAGUGUAGAGAGAGGAAAGGUGCGAGAUAGGCUGGGUGAUUAAAAUGACAUGAAUCUGGCUGGAGGAGACAUUCCAAGCGAGGCAGUGCACAGAGCUAAAGUUAGAAAGCGGGUUAGAUUCAGACUGAGGGGACUUUGGUGCUAGACUGAGAAGUCAGACAGCUUUACCUUGUAGAGAGUGACUGGGAACCGCUCAAAUAGAACAUCGAGAGAGAUUCUUUGCAUUACACAUAGAUGAGGAGCUCCUCUUAUUCACGCAGAUUUGUGUUUUCUUUACAUUGCAGUCACCUGGAAUCAGAAGGCUCUUGCUAUAAUAUUGCUUAAGAGAGAUACCAGGUGUUAGUGUUAUCACUCUUGCUAGGAAGACACUAUUAUCCAAAUGGACAGUCCUAGCCAUGUUCCUCCUCAGGUGGAGCUAACGUGAUGGGCUCCUUGGCCCUUAUGCUCACCUGUGCAUGCCCAGGAAGGAUGGGCAUGAAGAGGGAUCCCAGCUGUCCUGAAUCACAAGUGUUUUAACCUGCCCCAAUCUGGACAGGCUGCCCUCCCGUCCUGGGAUACAGCAGUCAUCCUGAAUCUGCCUUCAGCCUAAUCUUGUGGUUGUCUUCAAUGCUUCCCCACGUUGGCUGUCCCUAGGUUGUAUCUCGUGGUGACUCCUGUUUGACCGCUUUCUUUGAGUGGAGCUUGUCUUCCAAUCGGUUUUUGGAAAUAUUUCAUUUUGCUUUGGAAGAUACUCGAGCAAACAGUUAUUUAAAUGUACACAUUUGGCAGUACAAUUCCAUUUUUGUUUUUAAAACUGUUCAUGCAUAUUCAUAGACUAAAGACUGGGAGGUUAUAUACCAAACGUUAACAGAUUCUCAGGAAAGAAGGGUAAUGAAAAGUAAUUCUUUUUCAAUAAAGGGAAUGUAGGUGAUCUUAAUACAUUUUUUUCUGCUUAUUUCUAUUGUCCAAAUUUUCUGCAGUCAACAUGAGAAAAAUCUAUUAUAAUAGUGACCGGUAAGAAUGAUUGAUAUCAUUUUCCUCAAGAAAUGUCUACUGUUGAGGUUAGAAUCUAUAUUCCACCUAUUUUAAAUGGCAUGCUGUUAUUUCCCAAUGUUAUUUUUCUUUGGAGUGAGAAAUUUGUUUUUUGUUGAUAAUUUGAUUUAUUUCUUUUUAAAAUUUCUUUAACUAGGUAAUGUUUUCAUGGCACAAAACUUAAAAUGACAAACAUUUCUACUUCUUUUUCUGUUGAUUUCUUUUAUAACACUUUGUUGCGUGGCUGCAGUACCUUAAACCUCUUUGAUGGUGUAGCUUGAUGAUAGUUUUUUUUAAGUUUUUUUCUCCAUGCCUUUCCUCCAUUUUCUUAGCAACCUGCCCCCCCAACCCCAACACCUCCCAUCUAUUCUGGUCUCUAUAGUCCCUGUUAGAUCCUUUCCCCAAGUGUCUGGUAGUCCAGUCUGCUGACAUUUAGUGGUGGAAGACCGAAAAUCUAAUAGCUCUGUGCUUGUGCGAGGGAGGACGGGCUUAUCAGCUGGAGCCUCAUGUAAAGGAACCUGGGGAGGCAUUUGUUGGGGCACAGCCCUCACCUAGUUCUUGUUCCAUUGGGCUGCCUGCCCGCCCUCCCAUGCUGGAGGUUUCUGGUGCUGGAAGAUGCCAAGCCUUUGAGGAUGCAGAGUGUACCUUGGGUGGUUCUCCGCUUUGCCCGCUGCCGGGCUCCUGUGACGUUUGAUGACAUCACUGUGUACUUACUCCAGGAGGAAUGGGUGCUGCUGAGCCAGCAACAGAAGGAGCUCUGUGGUUCCAACAAGCUGGUGGCACCACUGGGACCAACUGUUGCCAAUCCUGAGCUGUUCUGCAAGUUCGGACGAGGGCCAGAGCCAUGGCUUGGCAGCGUCCAGGGCCAGAGGAGCCUUCUGGAGCAUCACCCAGGAAAAAAACAGAUGGGCUACAUGGGAGAAAUGGAGGUGCAAGGUCCCACCAGGGAGAGUGGACAGUCCCUCCCGCCUCAGAAGAAAGCCUACCUUUCCCACCUCAGUACAGGCAGUGGACACAUCGAGGGAGACUGGGCAGGAAGAAACAGGAAACUUCUGAAGCCCCGGUCCAUCCAGAAGUCGUGGUUUGUGCAGUUUCCGUGGCUGAUCAUGAAUGAGGAGCAGACGGCUCUGUUCUGCUCUGCUUGCCGAGAAUACCCCUCCAUCAGGGACAAACGGUCAAGACUAAUAGAAGGUUAUACAGGACCAUUCAAGGUGGAGACUCUCAAAUACCACGCGAAGAGCAAGGCCCACAUAUUCUGUGUCAAUGCCUUGGCAGCGAGGGACCCCAUCUGGGCAGCCCGGUUCCGGAGCAUCAGAGACCCACCUGGAGACGUUCUGGCCAGCCGGGAGCCGCUCUUCACUGCAGAUUGCCCCAUAUUCUACCCCCCAGGGCCUCUGGGAGGAUUUGAUAGCAUGGCUGAGCUCCUGUCAAGUUCAAGAGCUGAACUAGAGGACCCUGGGGGGGAUGGAGCAAUUCCUGCAAUGUAUCUAGACUGCAUUUCAGAUUUGAGGCAAAAAGAAAUCACUGAUGGCAUCCACAGCUCCUCAGACAUUAAUAUUUUAUAUAAUGAUGCAGUAGAAUCCCGCAAUCAGGACCCUUCUGCAGAGGGGCUGUCGGAGGAGGUUCCUGUGGUGUUUGAGGAGCUGCCGGUGGUGUUCGAGGAUGUGGCAGUGUAUUUCACCCGGGAGGAGUGGGGCAUGCUAGACAAGCGGCAGAAGGAGCUGUACAGAGACGUGAUGCGGAUGAACUACGAGCUGUUGGCAUCCUUGGGACCUGCUGCUGCCAAGCCAGACUUGAUCUCCAAACUGGAGCGGAGGGCUGCACCCUGGAUCAAGGACCCAAAUGGGCCAAAGUGGGGGAAAGGUCGUCCUCCAGGGAACAAGAAGAUGGUGGCAGUGAGAGAGGCAGACACACAGGCCUCGGCUGCAGACUCCGCGUUGCUUCCAGGCUCUCCCGUGGAGGCCCGUGCCUCCUGCUGCAGUUCCAGCAUUUGUGAGGAAGGAGAUGGACCUAGGAGAAUCAAGAGGACAUACAGGCCCCGUUCCAUUCAGAGGUCAUGGUUUGGGCAGUUCCCAUGGUUAGUAAUUGACCCCAAAGAGACCAAACUCUUCUGCUCAGCCUGCAUAGAAAGACCUAAUCUCCACGACAAAUCAUCUCGGUUAGUCAGAGGUUACACGGGGCCUUUUAAAGUGGAGACUUUAAAAUACCAUGAAGUCAGCAAAGCGCACAGGCUCUGUGUCAACACGGUUGAAAUCAAGGAAGACACCCCUCACACUGCCCUCGUUCCAGAGAUCUCCAGCGACCUCAUGGCCAACAUGGAGCACUUUUUCAAUGCCGCCUACUCCAUCGCAUACCACUCAAGGCCCCUGAAUGACUUCGAGAAGAUCCUGCAGCUCCUCCAAAGCACCGGGACCGUGAUAUUAGGCAAGUACCGCAAUCGCACGGCGUGCACUCAGUUCAUCAAGUACAUCUCAGAGACCCUGAAGAGGGAGAUCCUGGAGGAUGUGCGGAACUCGCCCUGUGUGAGCGUGCUGCUGGACAGCUCCACCGACGCCUCCGAGCAGGCCUGCGUGGGGAUUUACAUCCGCUACUUCAAGCAGAUGGAGGUGAAAGAGUCCUACAUCACUCUGGCCCCUCUCUACAGUGAGACAGCAGAUGGGUACUUCGAGACCAUCGUUUCUGCCCUGGAUGAGCUGGACAUCCCCUUCCGGAAGCCUGGCUGGGUGGUGGGACUGGGGACGGAUGGCUCAGCCAUGUUGAGCUGCAGAGGAGGCCUUGUGGAAAAGUUCCAGGAGGUCAUCCCGCAGCUGCUGCCUGUCCACUGCGUGGCCCACCGGCUGCACCUGGCUGUGGUGGACGCCUGCGGGAGCAUCGAUCUGGUGAAGAAGUGUGACCGGCACAUCCGCACCGUCUUCAAGUUUUAUCAGUCCUCAAACAAGAGGCUGAACGAGCUGCAGGAAGGUGCAGCGCCUCUGGAGCAGGAGAUCAUCCGCCUGAAGGAUCUGAAUGCGGUCCGCUGGGUGGCCAGCAGGAGGCGCACGCUGCACGCGCUGCUCGCGAGCUGGCCCGCCCUGGCCAGGCACCUCCAGAGGGUGGCAGAGGCUGGGGGCCAGAUUGGGCACCGGGCCAAAGGGAUGCUGAAGCUCAUGCGCGGCUUCCACUUUGUCAAGUUCUGCCACUUCCUGUUGGACUUCCUGAGCAUCUACAGGCCUCUGUCCGAGGUGUGCCAGAAGGAGAUCGUGCUGAUUACAGAGGUGAACGCCACGCUGGGCCGGGCCUACGUGGCACUGGAGAGCCUCCGUCACCAGGCAGGGCCCAAAGAGGAAGAAUUCAACGCCAGCUUCAAGGAUGGGCGGCUCCACGGCAUCUGCUUGGACAAACUGGAGGUAGCGGAACAGCGGUUCCAGGCGGAUAGGGAGAGGACGGUCCUGACGGGGAUUGAGUACCUCCAGCAGAGGUUUGACGCAGACCGACCCCCACAGCUGAAGAACAUGGAGGUGUUUGACACCAUGGCCUGGCCAAGUGGGAUUGAACUUGCCAGUUUCGGGAAUGAUGACAUUCUCAACCUGGCCAGGUAUUUCGAGUGCUCCCUCCCAACAGGAUACAGUGAGGAAGCUCUGCUGGAGGAGUGGCUGGGCCUGAAAACCAUUGCCCAGCACCUCCCGUUCUCCAUGCUCUGCAAAAACGCCCUGGCCCAGCACUGCCGCUUCCCCCUGCUAAGCAAGCUCAUGGCCGUGGUGGUCUGUGUGCCCAUCUCCACCUCUUGCUGUGAGCGGGGGUUCAAGGCCAUGAACCGGAUCAGGACCGAUGAGAGGACCAAGCUCUCCAACGAGGUGCUCAACAUGCUCAUGAUGACAGCUGUGAACGGCGUGGCCGUCACGGAGUACGACCCCCAGCCCGCCAUCCAGCACUGGUACCUGACCUCCUCAGGCCGGCGUUUCAGCCAUGUCUACGCCUGUGCCCAGGUGCCAGCCCGCUCCCCUGCAAGCGCCAGGCUCAGGAAGGAGGAGAUGGGAGCCCUCUAUGUGGAGGAGUCCAGGACCCAGAAGCCACCCAUCCUGCCCUCCAGGGAAGCAGCGGAGGUUCUGAAGGACUGCAUCAUGGAGCCUCCCGAGAGACUCCUGUACCCCCACACCAGCCAGGAGGCCCCCGGGAUGUCCUGAGGGACAGGGAGUCCUUGGGACUGCCUUGGAAGAUGCCUCUGUGAUCACCGGGACAGGCUCUGCAGAUUCUAGGCUGCCCUAGGAUCUUCUGCUGGUGGCGAUGGUCUCUAAGCACCAGGAAGUGGGCAUUGGCGUCCCGGAGCAGCAGGGGUAUUAGGAGGUGCAUGACCUGUUUCCUGAGGCCCCACUCAGCACAGCCAUGCCUCACAGCACACAAAUGUGCCAGAAGGUUCUGUAUCUCAAGUUCAUUUUUAAGGUGCUCCAGAAAAUAACCCCAUCAUGAAAGGUUUCAGCCCCUGCGUUUUGGUGGCAAGAGGAGUGUCCUGGUAGGGGAGACUGUUGGACAUCCCUGGGGAAUGUUCCAGGGAGGCUGCCCACAGCCUAAGUGGGAAUGGGAAAGACCACCUUGUUAGAGGGGGAGGCUGCCCCUGCUCUAGGGACAGCUGGCCUGGCUGCAAGAGCCCCCAGAGGCAUUGUUCUGGGACUUCCUACCCUGGCUCCCACAGCAGAAGCAGUGAGGCCUUGGUCUCGUGCGGAACUCUACCUCUUCCCAGGGCUUCCUUUAGGGCGAAACAAUCACAAGCCCUUUGCACAGAGCACCCAAGAAAGUUCUCUUCCUGCAGCUCCAGAUGGUGGAGCCGGGCUCUUCUGGCAGGGAGUCUGGUGCUUCCCGCACAGCCGAGCUGCGUUUGACCCGUGGCAUGCCCGGCCCGGUUUACCCAGGAGAGGAUGGGACCAAGUUGGAGUUGGGAGGCUUGGGAUGCAGCCCCAGCUCUGCUGCAGGCAGUGGUCUGAUUAAUCCCUUCCUCUUUGUGUCUCAGUUUCCCUCUCCAUGAAGUGGCAGCAGAGAAUCCAAGUGCCUGCUGACUCCCCAUCUGCCCUAGGAUUAGUGAAUGAGAGCCUCGAGCUCCUGAAAGACCUCUGGCUGCAGUGUGGACUUAGCUGCCAUCUGCCCCAUCCUCGUCCUUAGUGGGACAGGUAGGAAUUUGUCUCCAAAGUCCUUGUUGUAGGAGUUGCUCUCUGAAUGCACCAUCUGCACGACAGGCUAGUCCACUCUUCUCUGAGCUGCCCUGGGGACUCUGCACCAGGAUCUCCAGGGCCCACUGAGACAUCCCCGAAUGGGCGCUCAGUGACGAGGGCUUUGAACAACCUCCUCCAGGGACUUUGGGCCUGCUCUAGCUUCAGAACCACAGAACCACCGCCCUAGGGGCACAGAGGGACUUCUGGCACUGCUAGGUUCACACCCUCCUCGCCCAUCUUCCUUCCACCUAAAGUGAAGCACUUUUCCUUCCAAGGGCAGCUCUGUCUUGGCAGGCUCAGGAGGCCGCUUAUCAGGAGGAGGAUGAUUUUGUCUAGGUUCUGCCUUCCUUAACCAUGGGCAGGAAAUGAGGCAAGUCAGCAGGCAGGGUUUCUCUGCCCUGCCUGAUACUUGUUUCAAACAGGCAGGAAGUGGGCGCCAUCCAUCCCAGCUUGCUUGCUGCCUGGCUCAGGCAGGUCCUGUGCUGUGCCGCAGGCCCCUGUGGAUGGGCCCUUUCUCCAUAGUCUGCCGCUUCCCAUUCCCAGGGUAGAUGCUGGCAUCUGAGCACCUGAGUACCCUUCCUAUUCCCAGGGUAGAAGCUGCUGUCUGAGUACCCUUCCCAUUCCCAGGGUAGAUGCUGGCGUCCGAGCCCCUCCCUGGUACCGCAGGUACCCUAGUACCCCACCUGCCCUUUCAUCCCCACCCCAGCACUUAGCCUUAGCACUGUUGCUUUCGUGUCAUUUUCAGUUCUAGUCAGGAAUUCCUUUCUUGCUUUCUGUCUUUGACCUGUGGAAAUGUCUCCCAGCCUUGUGGGUCUGGCGGUCAGAGGGACCCCACAGGCCUGUGGUGCGGGAGCUCUGGGAGGUGUUACUAUCUGCGUGGCUAAGGCAUGCACAGGCCUCCUUCUCCCCCUCACCGUCUCCAUGGGCGUUCAGGAACUUGCCCAGGUCAGGCACUGUGGAUGUGAACUCGUGGAAGGGGAGGGAGAAAGGCUUUUUUAGGUGGGGCUGUAGCCUCUGCCCUACACACAGGGAUUCCACAUCAAGGUGCUGUUCCAGCACACACGCUUCCUGCGGCCUCUUCAUCCUUGAAGAAUCCCUCAGAGCAGGAGGCCAUCCUGUGAGCAGCCGUGAGUGGGUCUCUGUGGGAGUAGUUCUGGAGCUGAGGUGGAAGCUAGGGGAAGCAACUCGCCCUCUCCACGUCGGCAUCAGCGUGCUUCGAGGACACCGUCCAGUGCCUUCCUUAGGUGGUGGGAAAGGGGGUCCCUGUGCAGCGGGGCCACUGAGAAUGCUGUUUGUCAUAAAAUUUGCACUACCCAAUUUCUCGAGGGGCACAGGCCUGCUCCGUUCCCCUUUGUCAGCCAAUGGCCAAGAAGGAAGAAGAUGACUGCCAUCUUAUUCCUGAACUUCCUCAUUCAGGACCCCCGUGGAAACACAGUGAGCAUCCUUAUCAGAGGCCCUGGCCCAGGCUGGCCCCUUUGCUUUGUUUGGAGAGGCUGGCUGAGUUUCAGCCCCUAGUGCUGGAGACCCCCUUGUUGGAGAGGCUUCCUGUUUAUGUCUCACAAGAAGAAAAACCACAGGGCUGUGGGAGGGGAAGAAGCAUGCACUCCCGCUUUGGCUGGAGUCCCAGCGCUUGUCGCCACCCUCCUCCUUGCCUGUAGUCUUGACAGCAUCCGUAUGUACGUGUCCUGGCAUUUCCCCUCCCUCUCCCUGAUGACUGAUACCCACCGGGUCUGACAUUCCAAGUAACCAGUAUGUAACUGGUAGUUUGAUCCCAAUAGCCAUAGCGACUCCAGGUGGGAAUGAGGGAGCCCAGCCCCCUGUCCUGGAAGAUACCUUAGAGUAUGUGACCGCGCUCCAGACCCUUGCUUCUCUCUCCUGCAGAGGGUGAGUUUCUAGGGUGCUAAGUACCUAUCAGAACAGUGUGGAGGGGCAGGUCCCUCAUACAGGUGUCUGCUUAGCCAAGUACAGUAACUGUGACUGGCCCAGGGAUGUUCUCUCCUCUAUUUUCAAAGACGAAAGGAGGUUUUAAAAACCAUGUUUGAUUCCUAACCUUUUGCUACCUGAAUAAAGCAGAGUCUAUUUCAACACA